UGAUGAAGCAAUAAAUAGAACCGCAACUUCAUCAACACCCUCUCUUCCUUGCUCUCGCUGAAGCACCACUGACGUCCUCUCCUCAAUGGUAGAGGACUUACUUUCUUUGGUCUUGGGCCUUAUAACGCGAGGUUUGGUACACAGGUGACGGGCCGAAGAUGCAUCCUGCUCAUCAAAACGGAGUAGAUUUAAAGUUUAAAUCUACUCCGUUUGGCCGCGUGCCUAUCAAUGAGUUGAUAGAUGAGGGAGCUCGUUUACACAGAGCAAACUACAAUAUCCAAGUGAGAAGAAACAGAGAUGCAUUAAUGUGUCUCAUUGAUGCAACGUGUUAUCUUGGAAUGCAAGAACAGGCUUUUAGAGGGCAUGACGAGACUGAGCAGUCUGCUAAUAAGGGAAACUACAAGGAGUUAGUGGCCCUGAUAGCGCGCUAUGAUGCCUUAUUAGUGGAGCAUAUUGCAAAAGCUACUGUGUUCUCUGGCCUAUCUAAAACCAUCCAGAAUGAUUUGAUUGCAGCUAUUGCAGCGACAAUUAAAGAUGAGGUGAAGAAAGAGAUGGAUGCAGCUCCCUUUUACGGAUGGCAAGUUGAUGAAACGACAGACGUUAGCUGCCAUGCCCAGCUGUCUGUUAUUGUGCGUUAUGUUGAUGAAACUGGCACAAUCCAGGAGCGCUUUUUGGGCUUUUUUGAUGUUUCCAGUGGACGAGAUGCCCAGUCCAUUUUUGAAAUGAUGGAGUCAGAGAUGUCCAAUUUCGACUUUGCGGAGAAGCUCAUAGCACAAACGUAUGAUGGUGCAGCAGUCAUGGCCUCAGAACUUAAUGGGCUACAAGCCAAGGUGCGAGCAGUUGCCCCCAGUGCCAUAUUUGUGCAUUGCUACGCACAUCGCCUCAAUCUCAUCCUCUGCCAAGGAUUGAAAAACAUCCCCAAGGCCAAGGUGUUCUUCGCCACUCUUGGUGGGUUCACAUCCUUCUUCAGCAAGUCGACCAAACGAAUGAUGAUGUUGGAAGAAACCAGGUGUUCCAGAAUGCCCAAAAGUGCACCCACACGCUGGAACUUCACCUCUCGUCUCGUCAAUACUGUGGCUGAAAACAGAGACCGCCUGAUGGAGACAUUCACUAACAUCAUAAAUCACCCCUCUAUGGAUGAUGAGUCUAUAAGGAUGGCAGAUGGAUUCAAUGCAAAGUUAGAAGACUUUGAAUUCAUGUUUUUGCUUUUUACAUUUGAGCAGAUUUUUGCACACACAGAUGUUGUGUUUGAUAUUUUGCAGAAGAAAGCAAUGGAUAUUUCCUUCUGUAAAAACAGAGUUAAUAGGCUCCUACAAACAAUAGAGGAGCUGAGGUCAGAGCAGGUAUUUGAUAGGAUUUUCAGUAAAACAACAGAUGUGACAGAGGACCCGGCACAUCACAGCAAAAGACGCAGACAAGGUAACGAGGACCCAAGAGAAGUUUACAAGCGACUUUACGACUCCAUCCAUGUAAGCGUUAAAAAUCAGAUUGAGCAGAGGUUUCAAAAUCUUGAAUGUAUGAGGUUUAUGGAGCUUCUAGAUUUUGACCUAUAUGACUCCUACAAAAAAGAGUUUCCACAGGCAGCAUUCACAAGUCUGAAAGAUAACUAUGGUCAUUUAUUCGAUAUGGUAAAACUGAAGUCAGAACUGCAGGUGUUUUACAAUAACAAGGACCUCCAGGGCAGCGCUAGGUUGUGUGAUUCACUGUGCGCAAUGAAAACCAAUGAACUGAGCGAAGCAAUGCCUGAACUGUACAGACUAAUGUGUCUCGUUGCCUCUAUCGGGGCUACGUCUGCCGGGGUGGAGAGAAGUUUCUCUUGUCUGAAAAGACUGAAAACGUAUGCAAGGAACACAAUCGGACAAGAUCGACUGAGGAGCUUGGCUAUCAUCGCACUUGAAAGAAGGAUUCUAAAAUCUCUUAGAGAGAAUCCACAGUGGUAUGAAAAGACCAUAGACAUCUUUGCAGCACAAACAAACAGGAGAAUGGACUUUACUUUUAAGUAGGCCUAAAUUAUUUUUCUAGGCCUAGGCUAUAUUUCAUUUUCUUUUGUACUUUUUUUUUUAAUUGUUGAAGGGAAACAAAAAGCAGAGACAAGACCGUUUUUGCAAUCAACGUUACAGUUUUUUUUAAAUCUGGGGAUGGAUGGCUGAGUUGGACACGUUCUGGAUCCACACGACCUAUGAAGCCAGCUGCAACCCGUAGAGUGGAGUCGUGGAGAGAGCCCCUCGCCCCUCAGCUAAACCAGAGUAAAUGAAGCCAGCACCAACCUGUGGAGUGGAGUCCAGGAGAGAGCAUGCCGCCCCUCAGCUAAACCAGAUUAGAUGAAGCCAGCUGCAACCCGUAGAGUGGAGUUGUGGAGAGAGCCCCUCGCCCCUCAGCUAAACCAGAGGUUUAAAUUUUAAACCAAGUACAAAGUGUUUUGUUGUAUACAAAAUAUCCAUGUAACUAAACUUUAAUGUCCAUGCCUGUUGUAGUCAGCAGAUGGCAGCAUCAUUUAAUGAAUGACAGGAGCGUAAAUCCUGUUGCCCAGCUUUUUUCUUUUUUUUUACAUUUUCUAUCGCAGUCUUUAUAGGGGAAAAUACCUAGUUUUUCAAUUAUAUAAUUCCUUGAGUUCUAAAUUGAGAAGUUGUCACUGAGAACAUACAAUUUUAAAUUACAGUAUUUCAUUGUUCUUAGUGGUAAAGUAACAUGUACUUCAGUUCUUACUAUUCUGUGCAAAUAUAAUAAACAUCUGAUUGUUGAAACCUGUGUGAUUGAUAUUUUAAAAAUGUAAUUCCCAAUAGCUUCCAUGUACAGUAUGUAGAGACAAUUCUUAACCUUGUGCCAAUAAAACAUGCAUAACUGAUGCUUUGGUUUAAAUGAGAAAAAAUCAUCCUUUGUGCAGUGAGGCAUGUUUGAGUUGGUCUCAAAACCUUGGAAGUGAGUUGAUCUGACAUUCAAGUUAAAUAACCGGCAACUGCAAUAUGCUACAUCAUCGACAGUAUGGUGUUGAAUGGUUUUGUCGAGCACCAGCCCUAAAAUAAAAUACAAACAGCUGGUUUUAUAGCAAAGUGGUUACUUCCUUCAG